AUGGGGUGCAAGAAGUCGGAGAAGGCGACGACGCAGAAGCACAAGAAGGGGCUGUGGUCUCCUGAUGAAGAUCUCAAGCUCAAAAACCACAUCAUGAAAUAUGGCCAUGGCUGCUGGAGCUCCAUUCCUCUCAAUGCCGGCCUGAAAAGGAAUGGAAAGAGCUGCAGAUUAAGGUGGAUUAAUUAUCUACGGCCCGGAUUGAAGCGUGGCGCGUUUAGCUUCGCAGAGGAGGACAAGAUCCUCACCCUUCAUCGAGUCUUAGGAAACAAGUGGUCUCAGAUAGCGCAUCAUCUACCCGGAAGAACUGAUAACGAGAUCAAAAACCACUGGCAUUCUUACCUAAAGAAAAGGCUCUCAAAACUUGCUGAUGCACCCUCUUCUUCUCCUUCCAAGCCGGCUCCCCAAAAUUGUACCUUCGACUCUCUAGAAAACACGGAAGCAUCAUCAACGGGCACGGAUCAGUCUACAGACCACCAACAAGAAGCUGACAAAUGCAGCUUACCAAAAGUCCUUUUUGCUGAAUGGCUGUCUCUAGACCAGUUCAAUGGCCACAGCCACGGCUCUUCUUCUAGCAUCGCGCAAGAUCUCAAAUACUCUUUUGACUAUGGAAGCUCGAUCUCUGAAGACUCUUCGACUCAGCUCAAUGGAGAGGCCAUCAGCACUGAAGAAAUCCACACUAAGCCAAACUUCAAUAGUAUAUCUAUUGAUGAUAUUCUUCGAUCACCAUUUGGUUUCGAUGAUCACAUCUCAGAGACUGGCCUGGUCGAUUAUUUUCCCGGAGUUUUUAACUUUUCUUGUGAUGAAUUGUACAUGUGAUUGAUGCUAAUAAGUUGUAAAAUCCUGUAAUAAAAACUAGCCUUGGAAAACAAAGAUGUAUAUCUUAA